GGCACUCACAAACCACCACUGAUCGUCGUCUAUGGCGUUGAGAUCCGGCGACCGCAAGCUGUCCUUCGACAUCCUAGCCGAUUCCGAAUACGAUUACCUCUCCGCCGAACCCGACGCCGCAAUUUCCCGCUCCCUUUCCGAUCCCGCGCGUCCCCAGAAUGGCGCCUCUGCGUCCUCUCCUCGAAAGAGAAAGAAGAGGAAAAGCAGGAAGGGAAAAUCGACUCUCAAUUCCGAGAGCCCCACGGCGGAUACCCCCUUGAUCAACGGAGAUUUGAAUUACAGCUGUACGCUCAGCACAGUCACGGAGGCCGCUUCCGUCGUGCCGGAUUUAGAUUGCGAGGUGACGCUUUCAUCGGUUUACGGGGCACUGCGGCAGAGGAAUGUGGGGAAUGGGGGAUGUUCGGAAGUGAACAGUGAUGAUAGUGCAAGCAGUAAGAAAGAUGAUUCUGCCAAGGAAGAAGUCGCCGAGAAUUGGAAUGCCGGAUGUAAGGAAAUCGCUCAGCAGGGGCCGGAAAUGAACGGGAGGAAAUUGGAGAAAGAUGGAACUUUGGAUUGGAAGGAAUGGAUGGGCGAAGACGCCAAUUAUGUAUUACCAAUGGAUAAGUCACCAGUGAAAUAUUACUUGGAAGAAGUGCAUGCUGGAUAUUCCUUGAGGAGCACUACAACCCUUGGGAAUGAUAAAGAACGGGAACGGGUAUAUGAUACCAUAUUUCGCCUGCCAUGGCGCUGUGAACUGCUUAUCAACAUUGGGUUCUUUGUCUGCUUUGAUUCGUUCCUAUCGCUCUUAACCAUUAUGCCAACACGGAUUGUCAUGGUAUUUUGGAAGCUUCUUAGAACCAGGCAGUUCAAGAGGCUUUCCUCACCGGAGCUGUCUGAUUUUGGCUGCUUUAUUGCCCUGAUUAUUGGAGUCACUCUAUUACAACAAGCAGAUAUCAGCUUAAUUUAUCAUAUGAUCCGUGGCCAAGGCAUUAUUAAACUAUAUGUGGUCUACAACGUUUUGGAGGUAUUUGAUAAACUAUGCCAAAGUUUUGGGGGUGAUGUAAUGCAAGCUCUAUUUAAUUCAGCGGAUGGACUUGCCAACUGCUCACCAGAAAACAUGCAAUUUUGGGUGUGGAGAUUUGUUUCAGAUGAAGCCCUAGCAGUUGCUGCUUCUGUUAUUCAUUCAUUUAUUUUACUAGCUCAGGCAAUCACUCUGUCAACCUGUAUUGUUGCUCACAACAAUGCACUGUUUGCUAUGCUUGUCUCUAAUAAUUUUGCUGAGAUUAAAAGCAACGUGUUUAAACGUUACAGCAAGGACAAUGUUCAGAGCUUGGUUUACUUUGAUUCAGUUGAAAGGUUCCAUAUCACAGCAUUUAUACUGUUUGUUUUAGCUCAAAAUAUACUAGAAGCCGAGGGUCCUUGGUUUGAAAGCUUCCUUUAUAAUGCUCUGGUUGUUUACAUAUGCGAAGUCAUGAUUGAUAUAAUAAAACACUCAUUCAUUUCUAAAUUCAAUGGCCUAAAGCCCACAGCAUUCUCUGAAUUUCUAGAAGAUCUCUGCAAGCAGACGUUAAAUAUGCAAACGGAGAACAGCAAUAAGAACCUUACAUUCGUUCCUCUGGCACCAGCGUGUGUGGUGAUCCGCGUCCUACGACCUGUAUAUGCGGCCCAUCUCCCCUAUAACCCACUUCCAUGGAGAUUAUUUUGGAUGUUGGUGCUGUCUGGCAUGACAUUUGUGAUGCUAGCUAGUCUUAAGAUGUUGAUCGGGAUGGGGCUCCGGAAACAUGCAACGUGGUAUGUGAAAAGGUGCCAGAGCAGGAAGCUUCACUCUGACUGACUGCAGCUUCUAUAGAGGAUGGAUACUUCAUUACAGAGGAUACUCGAGGUGAUCCUCAGUCGAGCAGAAGCACGCACGCUUCAUUUCACGGUACAUGGAUAGCAGCAUAUCCUACCAAUUUUGAUAACAUGAUUUUAGGGAGGUAAAUAGAGCAAUGAAACUGAUGAGCCGUUUAUUGAUGAAGAGGUUGUACAGUUAUGAACUUGUGUUUCUGUCCUCUCAAAGUAAGACACACAUCUGCUAUAUAUAUCAUACAUUUUUUUUUGGAACUGCAUCA